AAUAUUUUAUUAUUUUUAAGAAAAAUUAACCGUUUUUUUUAAGAUUUUAGUAAUUUAAUUAAUGCAGGUAUAUCCCGGAGGAUAAAAAGAAUGUCGCCGUAUCUCUGAUUCUUACGUGACUGGAGUUUCAAGCGUUCUAAACAGUCUGCUAAUACCAGUUAUGCCUUGGAAACCUGAAAAAGAGAAAUAGCUGAAAAUGCCGGAUGUAACUGGACUGGAAUCGGUGGUAGAAGCAGUGACUGAAGAGGAAGGAAAUGAAGGAAAUAUGGAAAACAGGAAACAGGGAGAGAGGAAUGAAGAUGGAGAUACCGGAAUGAAAAUUCACGUUACAAAGCCAACUUAUGAUAGUUCUGAAUUCACUUUCCAUCCACGGGUUAGUUCAGCGAGCUCAAGGAUCGUUAGCAACCUUGGAAUGGAUUUUUAUGAAAGACAGCAAAGACAUAUGGAAAGGCAGAAAAAAUUGUACGAACAACAGCAAGCAAGUUCGAACCAAGAGCAGCCGGGAAGUAAAAGAGCGAAGUUUGCUGCGAUCCAGAAAGAAAACCAAGAAAACAUGAAACCGAGGCCGACAACAGGCGAACCCAGCAUUUCUCUCCUAACGAAACGAUUGAACAAGCGGAAACCGCCCCAUCAUGUGACUUAUAUGGAGUCCGACACCCCCCGAACUCCAAUGCCUCCUUGCACCUCCCCACCAACUUUACCCCCCAGAUCAAAAACUUAUUUUGCUUAUGACGUCAUCCAUGGGAAAGGAGGGCAACGUAAACGAGUUAUGAUCGAUCCAUACGCAAACGUGGAUAGAUUACAGAAAGCCAAACUGAAAGCUGAGAAAGCUAUAAAGAAUAAGAAAAUUUUCUCGAUUCACGGACCAUACCCCCUGAUAAGACGGGCACUGAGAGAAAGGGGGUGGGUCGAAAAAGAAUUCAAACUUCCUCCCCGUCCCGCAAAAUCCAAAGAUAAAGGGGAUUCCUCUGAUGCUGAUGACAUAGAUGAUGACGAUGAUGAUGACGAUGAUCAGAAAGACUCCGGAGUCGGGAUGUCACCGAGACCAGAUUCGGACGAAGAAGGAGACGAUCCAGACAACAAAUAUGGAAUUAUGGGUCGAAUGGUUCGUAAUGAGAUUCCAACGUUUCAAUGGACGACUCGUAACUCAUCCAUAGAUUGGAGGUUUUUACAGAAAGAUCAAGUUGUCAAUCAUUACGCAAAAGCAAACUUCACUACAAAGACCGGCUUGUGUGUUAACCUUCGAACUUUGACCUGUUUUGCGGAUGCAGAAGUAGACAAUUUCUUCCAAGAUGCUUACAGGUUGAGUCAAGAAGAAGACAAACUGGAUUUCAUAGACGAUUUUCGUCUCGUCGCUGCCACUGCCAUAUUGAGGAUUGCAGUUGAUCGACACACCGGGGAGGAAAGUGGGGGAAGAGACCCAGAAAAAUUUGGACAGAAGCCACCCGGUGCAUCGUCGCACAUUGUGCCAAGUAAUGUUCUGCAGCUAGCCAUUCAAGCGUGUCGAAUGUUUGCCGAGGAACGAGACCACGAGGACAUUGACCUGAGCGAGAUCUGCUGCAAAAUGUCAGAUGAGAACUGGACAUUGAUUAUACAGCAUUACUACAAGCUUGUACAUGACGGCGCGAUCAUAGAAAACAGCGGAUCUUAUUAUAAGCAAUGCGAACAGAUCUUAGAGAAAUUGAAAGACUUGAACCGGCAAUAUCACACUGAUGGGCUGAUGAACACAUGGAUCGUGAAACCUGGAGCCAAGUCCAGGGGAAGAGGGAUAAUAGUCAUGAAUCGACUUGAAGAUAUCCUGAAGCUUGUUCAAUGCGACCCCACUUUGAUGAAAGAUGGGAGGUGGGUGGUGCAAAAAUAUAUUGAGCGCCCUCUACUGGUCUAUGGAACAAAAUUUGACAUCAGGCAGUGGUUUCUGGUGACAGAUUGGAACCCGAUGACAAUAUGGAUUUACAAAACUUCGUAUUUGAGAUUUUCUUCAAAGCCGUUUUCUUUAAAGAUUCUGGAACCGUCUGUUCAUCUUUGCAACUACUCAGUGCAGAAGAAUUAUGAGAUCGAUUCGAAGAGACAUCCGAUGUUGCCGGAUGAUAAUAUGUGGUCUAGUGAUGAAUUCAAGAACUAUAUGCAAUCCCGAGGUUGCGAGCAUUUGUGGGACAAACUGAUUUUCCCUGGGAUGAGGAAAGCCAUCAUAUACAUGUGCCAGACUGCACAAGACGUCGUAGAGUUCAGGAAAGGCUCCUUUGAACUCUACGGCGCAGACUUCAUGGUCGAUGAACUGUACAAUCCCUGGUUGAUUGAGAUUAACUCUAGUCCUACGAUGGCUCGGUCGACAACGGUAACAAGCAAGAUGUGUGCGUCUGUACAGGAGGAUACUUUGAAAGUUGUCUUGGAUCGACGGAAGGACAGGAAUUGUGACAUAGGAUUGUUUGAACUGGCCUACAAGCAGCCACUGAUUGAUGUCCCACUGUAUGUUGGAAAGUCACUGCAGGUCGAAGGGUUCUCGAUCAAAAAGCCAGGAGGAAUGAAUGGGAACGGAGUUCGAAGGUCAUGGGGGAGCGGAAAUACAACAGGGUCAAUCGCCACAGUUCAACGCACACAGCUGACAGCGUCCCAGGAGAACAAACUCCUCAGAACUCUAUCCACACAUACGUCCAGCACAAAUAUAACCCGAACCCAACAGACAAGGUACACCACAAAGCCCCCGGUGCCCAAAAUGACCUCGACCCGGGCCCCCUUGGAGCGAACCGGCUCCCCUGUAAAAUUAAAAAUGCAAACCACAAUGAAACGACUCACGAACGAAGUCAAAUCUACGCCAUCUAAGCCUAACGCUCUCAAUUUACCAAGAUUUGCCAUUCAAAGCCUACACAGCAAUAAUGGUUCCCAAACUUCAAUUCCUAAAGUUUUAUCGCAGGGGAACAUUGCAAAAUCUGUCAGCACUCAUGGACGGGGCCAAUCUAACCCAGUCGGGGGCUUCCACUGCGUAAGCACCACUCAGGCCAAAGCUGCGUCCACUAUGGGAAUCAUUCCUGGUAGCCACUAUGCUGGUCUCAUAGCCGCCGCAAAUAGGGGUCACGUAAGGGGAUGCCCCCAUCAAGUUAUUGUACCCAAAACAUUCCCCCCAUCUCUUGUGCCUGGAGCAGAAAUUCUUCACAAAGCACCCCAUCAAGGUGGGGUAAUGGCCGUUACCCCCCAAACGAUCGGACUCACACUGCCCCUACAAAAGCUAUUCGGAGGAGAUAUUUCAUUGAAUGCAACCACAAGAGCGCGCCAUAUGGAAAUUUACAACUACCCUGGACAAGAUUUCCGGUUCGGCGGGAAGCAGAGAGUGUCAGACUCUACUAGAUCCGCCUGCAUCAUCUGUGACGAUUCAUCAUCCUCUUCUGAAGACGACGAGGAGGAACUAUCGGAGAUUCCCCACAUUCCACCCAUCCGGAUGGAUUUGUCGAACACACCAAGGAACAAGCGUUUAAUACGGUGCCGGUGCUCCAUGCGGACUCCAGUGACGAACGAUUUUUUAACGAAUAGCGUUAAAUGUAUUGGCGAUCCUCCCCCGGUUGCCAUGAGAACGUCGAUUUCUUGAUUUUUAUUUUUUACUUGUAGUUAAAAUCCCACUGCUAGAAAAAGUAAUUUUGUAUUGAUAGAACACAUAGUGAAGUCUCUCGCAUUCAACUGCUGGUAUUCUGAUAUCCCGACUAAUUGAGACUGGAAACCAUGAUAUCAGACCUGAACCUUAGCGCUAGAAUAAAAUAAAAGAUAUAUUUUCCGCUCACACAAUUCUGCGUUUUCAUAUUCCCGGUUUUGAAACAUUUGUUCUCGUAUUCUUGACAUCGGGGGAUUCGAAACAGAGACUCUAAUGCCCGGAAAACCCCGACCGCUAUCCUAGAAUAGCAACUGUCUAAUUGCCCUCGUAUAAUUCCAAACAUUAUGUUCUAAAGUGAAAUUUCAAAUUGUGUUUUCGCGAAGAGUAAGAUGUUACCUUAAAUCGGAGUCAAAUCGUUGACGAUUCGGAUCCGGAUUUUUUUAUGACACAGAGUCGAAUAAAACACUGCCAUAGCGUCACUAUCCCAACCAAGAUGUUUCCAUGCGGAACAAAUUUUGACCGACCACCGAUUCCAGGUCGUAAAUUUUUUGACUCCGACUACAGCUUUCAACCUCGAGAAAUUGGAUACUCUUUAUUUCGUAUGCAAACUCAUGAGAAUGUCUGGUAAACGUAAUGUGUUGUUCACUCCUUAUAAGCAUUGUAGUCUAAAACUUGUUAAGUCAUAAAACGCCAUGUAAUGCUUGAUCCUUGCGCUACUGCGCAUUGCUAAUAAAUUGGCAGGUGUCAGUCAGGUCACGUAGUCCAACAAAUUGUCUAUCCAGCUAUCAAAACAAGACCUGCGAGUUCAGAAAUAUUCCGACUUUCAGGACUAGUAACCCUAAAUUUUUUCUUCAAAAACUUUUCAAGUGUAAAUACCUUUAUUAGUUUCAGUCGAUAAUUGCGAUCCCAUCUCGAAUAAUCUAGAAUCUUUAGCCCCCGAUUCCAGGAUGUUCCUAUUUUGUAUCCGAUUCCGGGUCAAGGAUGAAUCGCCCGAGUCCACAUACCUGCCUAGUUUUACUCGUCCAUAUAAUAAAAUACCUCCAGCAAUUGUCAAACUCGGAGUCCCGAGUGAUGUUGAGACAAAUUGUUUUGUUUAAAUGACUUGGUAACUUGAUUUCAAUUAUGAGCAGCUUACCUAGAACAGUAUUUCUUUUGUUUUUUUAGACAAAUUUUAGUCGAUUUUUCUAUUUAUUUUUAUCUCAAAUCAAAGAAAAAUCUAUUUUUGAUCUUUUAGAAUAAAAACUAAAUCAAGGCAAAA